CCAGAACUAGUUCUAUGUUAAUCUUAUCUUAUAAUAGUACAUUUAACUGUUAUAACUGGUAUACAAAAAAUUCGUUAUGUAAUUUUUCAAACAUCGAACCGAGGAAAGAUCAAAUUAUAACAUUUUACUAUUCUCUCACUUAGAAUCCUAUUCUCUCUAUUCUUUUUUUUUGUAUUAUAGGUUUCGUAAAGAUGUUGAAAGUGUAUAUUGACGAUGGAUGCUACUGAACGCAGUUUCUGUUUGUUCUAAUGAGACGAAUAGGAAUACACACGAACUAGUGAAAGGUAGUCGAAAGUAAGCAGUGGAAUCGAAUAACUAAUGCAAGACUAUUUAUUGCCUACUCAGUGAUAAACUGUAGAAAAAAGUAUCAUACGUCGUUGGGCGAAACUGUUCCAAAAAAAAAAUAAUUUAUUCCUGUUCGGUUCCCUUGCAAGAUAUGCUCCGUUAAUUUAGUCCAAUUAUUUCAUGUGAUUAUUAUGUUUGCUUUCAGUUAGGAUUAGAUACAAAUUAUACAUAUAUUAGUACAUUCUAUAGAAAGGUUAUUUUUAUGGAAAUAAAAUUUUACAAAAUUUCAUUGCUAGGUUAUGUAUAUAAAACAUAUGUUGAUAGGGUCUUUUAUUCGUAAAUUCAGCUACUAGUAUUGCGAAAUGUUUCAUUUCUAGUUAGUAUAAUUUAGUAGUUAGUAUAAUUACUAACUAUUAUAUACUAGUAAUUAUAAUGUAAUUUAUAUUACUAUAAUUGAUAUAGAAUUUACAAAUACAUUUACUAUACUUUGAAGCAUUAUAAAUGUUUUCAAAGCGUUUCCGGAUUUUUUCAUUUAAUAAUUUGUUAUUUUAUUUUUAGAAUAUUUUUAUACGAAUAAUGUAGUGAGUUCGAUGCAACAAGAGAAUGGUAAACUUUCCGUUUCUUCUGUGUGUUGCUUGGUCAAGAACUCGGUUAUUAAUUGCAAUCAUAACUGGUGGAAGAAGAAAGGAACAUUGCAGAAUCACGAGGAAUUUGCUGGUUCCAUCAAUGUCACUUUCUCGACCUUUCAUUUGAUAAUUCUUCCUCCCUCCACGGCAUUUCGCGCGCGAAUCGCCAACAAAAUUAAAUAUGGUUACAUAUGAGACAUUUCUACUUCUGACGGUAGUCUUGUAAAGCAGUUGCAUACCAUCAUCUGAAUAACGAUAUUUCAAACGACUAUACGAACGGAAUAUCGAUGUCGACUAGUGUGUGUAUCCGAUGCUGGUCAAGAGAUCUUUAAAGGUGACCGUAGCUCUCUUCGAACUCCUUUGAUGCGUGGGGAUAACUGGAGCUACCAGUUAAGUCAAGUGUAUCGCGUCGGGGCGAAGUAGUACACUAUUUCUUUCCGGAGUGCGUGCAUCGGAUCGAGGUUCCAGAGGAUUGGCAACCGUAUAAGAGAAUAGAGAAGAACAUCCUGGAAGUCUAGGGAGGGCAGUACGCGCAGGAACUACUGUUCAACGACUCGCUAAUCGACACACAAAAGACAUGAAUCUCCUUUAUUUCGUGGCUGCGGUUAUAUGGAUAACAACCGUGACAGCGACAUUGGAAUCCGAUUCCCAUGGAAACUGGAGCAACGAAAAGAAACUUUUUGAACAUGCCUAUGAUCAAGAUCUACUCAAUAGCCAGAAACAAGAAGAAACUGAAAAUAUAGAACAACAGUUUACAAAUCAACAUGAGAGAAUCUUCAAUUCCUCUGAAAUUGCCAAAGCUAUUAAAGAAGAGGAAGAAACGCUGACUGUGAAAUUUCUUAAUGAGAAAGAGGACAUUCAUCAAGUGAAUGAAUCCCAACAACAAUAUCCUAAACAAUUAGUUCAACCAUAUAUCCUACCUUUGAAAGCAAAAAGCUCUUCAGAAGACAUAUUAAACGAAUCGCUUGAUACCAUUACGAGGUUAGGAAGGACCAGUCAAAGUGCAUUUAACGAGACAGUCACAGUGGAGUACAUUCCAUCUGAAGAAAUAGUUCUACAAGAUUCGAGCACAACUAGCAAAUAUUUCUUUCAAGAAAGUAACGCCAGUGACAUAGAGCAAUCUAUUCCAGAAGAAAAUCUAGAUAUUGAAAGUAUAGGCGAAUUUGGACAACGAGUACGCAGCUCAUCCUCAUCCAGACCAAGAAAUAACGAGAGUCACAGACGAUUUAGAAUAAGACAACCUUUCGAUGCUUCAUCGUUUUCCGAGGAUCAAAGAAAACAGUAUAGAAAGAGUGCUCGUCCUUACGUAUCCAAAAAAUUGAAUACUUCAAAUAGUAAUCUAAACACGUCCUCGAAGGAACGACUUCCUUUCUCUCUGACGAAGAGCACAGAGUCUCAGAGAACCUUGAAGCAGAAGGAAACUGAUGGAGAUCGUGCUAACAGUUCAUCCAUAAUUAAGGAUGCGUCUUCAUCAACUUCUGCUCCCAUAGUAUCAGUUUCUUUAGGCAAAUUUUCUGGACCAAUAGUGGUUCCAGACCUCCCACGACAGAAGAAAUACUCCUACACUACCACACCUGAUUAUACUGAUAAAAACGAGGUUUCAAAGCUAACCACAGCUGUAACGGAAUCAGUAAAAUCAAAAGUUUUAGAAGAUGGAUAUUUGGCAGCGCCACCUGUCAUUCUAAAUCCUCUGCAGGUUGGUGUCGCCUUGAUGAACGCUGGGCAAGAUCUAAAUUUAGUCAAUGACCAAAUCACAUUGACAAAACUAUAUCCCCAGGACAAAUCUGAGACCCCAGAAGUUACCAAGAUUGAUACUCAAAGCUUGGUUCAAAGCGACGCCCCAGUUUCUAGGAACUUGAGCUUCGACAGUGAUCAGGUAUCGCAACAAGAGCAAAUUUCUGAGGUGGUAGCCACAAACUCGCCAGUUCAGUCGGUUGAGAUUCAAAAAUCCGUGGAAAUAUUCCAUACAGCCCCCAUUCAGGAGAUCCACUACCCUGUGGAGUUCAUUCCUAGCGCCCAGCAGCUGCCAUUAGUAAAGCAGCAUGCACAGGAAGACUAUAGAAAGCCAGGAAGAAGUCAAUCGAAGGAUCAGAGACAAAGCCAGAUUAAUAUAUACAGGAGCAACGAGAUCUUGGACGAAAAUAUUAACAACCAAGAACAUAGUCGUUAUGAGUAUAAUGUGAAUGAGAAUGACGUUAUUUAUUCAGCAGGAAGUGGUCAGGUCGAUCAGACCGUGGCUUUGUCUCGUCCAGUAGAGGUCAAACCCAUUUUCGGGGUUACGGGGCAAGUAGACGGCGCUCAAUAUGAUCAGGUAACACAUUCUAGAGUGCAAGGAAUUCCUGAAACAAAAAUUAAAUUGAGUAACUACGAGUUGCCAAAGGGGCCAGCCCCUGCCGUUGCACAGCCAUCAAGGGGAAUAGAGAGUCUUUCAGGUUUGACUAAUUUAGAAAACCUGCAAGUGAAUCAAGAAGCGCCUCAGAUUCUGCUAACCAAAGUUACCAGCGAACCACCGACCGAAUUGAGGCUUCUAAUGUCGAUGUCACAGCCAUAUUCCGUGGAAAAGAACAUCCAUGUGCCUCAGACGGUGGACGUGAUUGAAAAAAAGGUGCCAUACCCAGUGGAGAAAGUGAUCGAGAAGCAGAUAACGAUUCCCCAACCAUUUCCUGUACACAUACCGAUAGACAGGGUAGUAGAGAAGCAGAUACGGAUCCCAUAUCCUGUCCACGUGGAGAAGGUGAUUGAGAAGAAAGUACCAUUCGCCAUCCAGAGGUUCAUCAUACCUUUACCAAUUCAUUUUAGGGUUUCUCAACCGGUUUCAAUUCCGGUGGAGAAGGUGAUAGAGAAACCUGUACCGGUACCAGUGCCUGUGGAGAAGGUCAUAGAGAAGCCAGUGCUCCUACCUAGACCGUACUCGAUAGAAAUCGAGAAAGGUAGACCUUAUCCCUUGGAGAAUAGUAAACAUAUAAAAUCAGCCCCAAUUUAUAAUAUUCAGCCUGAUGGUAAUUAUCAGCAAUCGGUAAGGCAGAAUUUCCAGACACCAGUGGAGCCAAUUUAUGGAACUGAUAAUGAACAAAGUUACUAUAAUUCGACAAACCAGUUUUAUGGACAAGGGUAUUUGGCCUUGAAUCGUCCUCAUGCUAGGCAACCAUUGAUACACUCAUUGCCGAAGAAAUUUGCGUCAUACAGCGUUCAACAUCCUCAUUCGGUGACUUAUUCAGUAACUAAUGGUAAUUUGGUGGCUUAUGGAAGGACGUCGGAAAAGGACAAGGUUAAGGACGAGUACGUAGGUCCAGUACCAAGGAAAACUGCCACUACAAUACAAUCCAAGUCUCUGUACUCAGCACCGGAUGUUCAGGCAACGUUGAGAAGAACGAGGCAGGAAAUUGGUAAUACUGGAAAUUUCAGGCAGUCCAAAAUGGAAUACGGGUUCAAGCCACCCAUGGUACCUUCGGUCCAAUAUGAUGAACAGACUGCAACGAAGGUGGAAUAAUUUACGUAAAUCAUUAUUUUAUAUUUUUGUUAAUGAAAUUUUGAGCAUAAGUUUUGGAAUUUUGGAAUAACUUUAAAUUCGUGAUAAUUGCCUAAUAGAAUUCUUGGUAAUUGAAACAUUCCAUUUAUUACCGCAGAUCAUAAAAUUUCUAAAUUUUGAAGUAACCUCAAAUUUCUUUAUGAUUGUUUACUGUGAUUUGUAAUAAUUAAAGUACUUAAUUUCA